CUUUAAUAAAAUGCUCGACCUGAAUAAUAAAGUUGUUUUGCCAAACAAAAAAGAGAUCGAAUUCUUUAAACAAAACAACUUGUCUAACUGGAAUUUCAAAGAUUUUAUGCAGCAUUGUCAACUUAAAAAUCGCAUGUCCUUAAAAAUUGAUAAAGUAAUUAGUCAGUAUAAACUAUGUCUCAACAACAUAAAGCAAUGUGUACAAGACGACGAAGUGAAAAGAUAUGUCGAAAAUUUAUCAGAGGAGGUCAAUGAUAAACCCACUGAAGACCAAUUAAAAACUACCGUCAACAACUUCCAUAAUGUCAACUACGGAACUGCUACCGUAAUGGAAGCACAUGGCGCAGUAAAAGUUGAACAAAACAACAAGAAAAGAAAAAUUGCUGAAGAUCCACAAACAUCUUCAACAGAGGCACAAUCGGAAGUAUCACCAACAACACAUUCUGGUCUAUCUUUAUCGCCAGAACAUUACAGUAUUUCACUUUAUGAUUCGUGGGAAGAAACAGAGAGUGAAGAAGAAAUAGUAGUAGAAGAAGAUAUCGAGAUGAAUGUCUGGGAUAUAUGGAAGAAAAUCCUUGACACUAUGCAGAGAGAUGGUGAUAUCGAUAAGUAUAGCUUGGAACAUUUAAACAUUGUUCAACUUGGAAACAAGCUUGGUUCCAAGAUAACACGAGAAUAUUACCCCAAAAAUUUAAUCAAAAAAACUGGACUCACACCUGAAGAGAUACCUUGCUCAUUCGCUGAAGAUAAUGAAUUCUACAAUAACAUAUUUGAUACUAUUGCUCUUUCGGAUGAGUUUUCCUCAAAUGAAGUACUGGUCGAAGCGGCCUCGCUUGUAUUUAAGUCAAACAAUCCAUUCAUGAAAUUUUUUCAUACCGUUCUGCAGUCAUUCGUCAGUGGGUUGUUUAUUGAUGAUAGUGAUGUUUACAACAACGAAAUAAGUUAUAACUACUAUAUUCUAUGGCCAAUUCUGAACUCGUUAUCAAAAUCAAUUCAGAAGACUAAGUUUUCAUUGGGUGAAAAGAGAUUAGAAGCUGUAUCCCAGGAGCUAAAGUUGAUCCAUAAUGACAAUUGGCAUUUCUAUAAUGCUGAUGGUAUCAUUUCAAAUAUAGAAAAUAAGAUUGAAAUAGCAAUCUUGGAAACAACAGGCCCUUACUUCAACAAAAUGACCCAAAGGAAACUCAAGAUUAUAUCAAGGCUGGAUACGGCCUUGUUGCCAUGCUGCAUGUCAUCGGGCGAAAGUUCCACUAUGGUGAUUUUGAAAUUUUCAAAAAAAUUGGCUCUUUUUUAUUCAGGCGACACGUUUCAACAAAGAUCAGGAUUUGGAGAGCAUUUAUGCCAGCAAGCAAGGUUUAUGUGAUCAAUUGUAUUGGUUCAGUCGAAGUGCCAACAGAAUCAAAAACGUCAGAGGAAAAAUUGAGAAAAUUGAUUGAUCUAUUUUGGUUCUUAAGACAACUAAUUAACGAAUCAUAUCAAGCCAUCGAUGAGCUACAAGGAUCACACAUUGAUAAUAUGAAGAAAAAGGCUAGGAAGUUGGAGGGGCACGAAAAAGUAACAAGUUUGUGUGGCAACUUCAAAAUAAACACCCUAGUCAAAUUGCCACAGAUUUGCAUCAAAAAAUCAAGUCAUUUGCAAAUCAAUAGCUCACCAUUAGACCAGACAACAGUAGUUAGAUAAUUAGGGCAUAUCUAUCGCUAGUUUUCCAUUAAAAUAACAUAGUCUACUAUAUUCGCUUUAUACUUGGAAUAUUUCAAAGUUAUUUAAUUAAAACAUACAUGUUAACUUGUAG